AUGACCGACCAACAAAAGAACUUAGCUAAUGGACUCCCACAAACUUUCCGGUUCAUCACGGAUCACAACAGCGAUGGCAAAGCCAUUUUCUCUGAUAGAAUACCGGAAGGCCAGCCCUGGGUUCCUGUCGAUGGGCAAGCCAAUUUCGCGCUCAAUUAUACUACAAGUCAGUAUCCUGUAAGCUUCAAAGACAACAAGGACUUGGCACAGUACGAAGGCAAUCUUACGGCGAAGCCUGGUCUGGUAGUACCUGGAGGCUCAGUGUUGCGUGUCGUCGAUCUGAUGCCUGGCGGUGUGUCAGCAAUGCAUCGCACGGUAAGCCUCGACUACGGGGUUGUGCUCGAAGGCGAGAUCUACUUGGAGCUCGACUCAGGUGAGAAAAGGCUCAUGCGCCGGGGCGACAUUUCUAUUCAGCGAGGAACCAACCAUGCCUGGAGAAACAAUAGCGAUAAACAGUGGGCGCGUAUGAUGUACGUCUUACUGGAAGCCGAGCCGAUGCAAGUUGGGGACAAAUUUCUUGGGGAAGACCUUGGUGAGAUGAAAAACGUCCGAUCAUCAGGGUGA